AUAAUAGAAUACGAGUAUCCUUGUAGUGUUGGCAUUAACAUAUUAUGUCAAAAUAUUUUUCUAAACAGAAACAAAACUUUGAACUAUAAACUGAUAAUGAAAAAAACAUAGUUUUUCUAGUUUUCAAUUUUGGGGUGUUUUUGUGGGGAUAUAAUAUUUACAAUCAUAAAAUUAUUUUUUUGUGUGAAUUUUCAUAAAUAAAAAUGACUGACGAAAAUUCUUGGAGAACCUCCACAUUCCGGCAAAGUGUUGUUGCCAAAAUUGACGAAGCUAUCAGGCAAUCUGGUAUGAACACGUCUAGAAAUAGCAUAGAAAUGGAAAAUCAUGUCUUUCAAAAAGCUAAAAAUAAGGAAGAGUACCUAGGAUUCGUUGCUAGAUUAAUUCUACAUGUUAGAGAAAUGAAACCCAAACAAGGGGGUGGUAUGUCAGUGCCAGGACAAGGACAAGUUGGGCCCGGUAUGCCAGACCCAAUCAACGCUCUGCAAAACUUAGCUAGUCAAGGUACUAGAAAUUCUAUGAUGGCCAUGGGUCAACAGACUGCACAAAUGGGUGGUCCACAACAAGCUCCUGCCACAAAUCUCUUGCAAACAUUAAAUAGGGGCCCUAAUCAGCAAAUGAUGAUGGGUAUGCCUGGGAACAUGCCUAUGCAGGACAGACAGAAUAUGAACAUGCCACCUAACAGUGGACAAAUGGCUAACACUCAGAUGAGUAACCAAAUGGCAAAUCAAAUAAGGCUACAACAAAUGCAGAAUAAUACGAUGAACCAAAUGACUGGUCAUUUAGGUGGACCGAUGCAGACUGCUGUUCAAAAUCAGAUGACGAACCAAAUGCCCGGACAGAUGUCUGGACAGUUACCAGGACAGAUGCAAAUGUCUAGCAGUAUGGCAAAUCAAAUACAGAAUCAAAUGAUGGGUAACAUGAAUCAACUACCACAACAAAAAUCCCAACAAAUGAUAAUCAACCAAAUCAACCCUAACUUUCCCCGCCAGCCGACUCCAAAUCAGAUGUUUAAUCAAAGUCCUUCCUCUUCUGUCCAAUCUCCCGGACUAGUUAAUCAACCUCCGGUAGCUUCUCCAGCUUUGGCAUCAUCACCCGGAUCUCAAAUGAAUAUGGUAGGAAGCGUGGGACCACCUAGAUCUGUAGGUAUGGCACCGAGUCCUGGUAGUUCAUUGAAUACUCCAGGUCAACCAACUCAAAGUCCAAUGGCUGGAGGAACCAUGACGGAUGAGCAGGCUUAUAGAGAAAAAGUUAGGCAGUUAAGUAAAUACAUUGAUCCUCUCAGGAAGAUGAUUGCCAAGUUGGGAAAUGAUGAUGUCGAAAAAAUGACUAAAAUGAAGAAACUUCUCGAGAUAUUAACCAACCCCCAUCAACGAACACCACUUGAUACUCUUAUAAAAUGCGAAAUUGUCUUAGAAAAAAUCGGGUGCCGUAGGGGAGAUGGCAGCGUUCCACCUACCAGUACACAGUUACCUUUUAAAGAACCGCAUGUUUUCCAUCCAUUACUAGAUGCCGUUAGUAAUAAUUUACAGAGUCCUGUUAUCAAUCACACUUUACAUCGAACUUUCGGGCCUACCAUGGAUGCCCUCUUCGGACCAGAAAUCAAACUUGUCCCUUCAUUGAAAAAGGUUGCACACGAAGAACCGACUAGUGAUAUACCGGACGUCUUGCAAGGAGAAAUAGCCCGCUUGGAUCAACGAUUCAAAGUCUCCUUAGAUCCCAACCAACAACCUGGUUCUAAAUCCAUCCAAUUAAUUUGUUGGUUAGAUGACAAACAUUUACCUUGCGUACCUCCAGUAUCUUUAGUUGUACCUGAAGAUUAUCCUAAAACAUCUCCCACUUGCCAUAUGGCAUCACACGAAUAUAAUGCAACCGCCUUUUUGUCUGCAGUACAAACUGCUCUUCUAGCAAGGAUAAAGAAGUUACCGAAAUACUUUUCUGUGUCUCAAUUGCUGGAUACUUGGGAGAUGAGUGUGAGACAAGCUUCGGCACCUAAGAAUGUGCCUGUUAGUGAUCUGAGCGUUAUGCUGGGGAUGUGAAUUUGAGUAUUUUAGUGUUUUUUACCAAACAAAUAUAUAAAACACAAUGAAAUUGAUAUAGGUAUUAUGUAAUUGAGUCCGAUGUGUUUUACUCAGUCUUGUUGGUUUUGACAAGAACAAACCAAAAUACUAGAAGGGAAUUAACUGGUACAAUUAAUAAUGGCAGUUCCUAAAACUCAAUUUAUAUUCUGUUACAUUGUGAAAAACAGGGUAAGAAAAUUUUUGAGUAAGAGUGAAUUUUUAGGGAGGAAUAAUCGCAUGGAAAAGUCUCUUAUUUUCCAAUUUUUUAAAUGUUUCUUACCUAAAAUUAGUAGUAUGAAAGUUUUUACAAUAUUUCAAACAAUUUAUCACAAAUUCUCAUCUAAUUUACUCAAAGAAACAAAAAAAUAUAAAAAUUACUUUUAUAAAGUUUGGAAUUAUUAUGUGUAAAUUUUUUUAAAUGUACGAAGUUGUAUACAAAUAAAAAUUUAUUAAAAGCUUUUAGUUUCCAGGAUUAACAAAUUUACUUUAAUCAUGUACUAAAAGCUUAAGUGAAAAGCAUUACUGUGGUGUAGUCUGGAAUUUCGCUGGAAAUUUGCCUCUCUUCCCUAUUUUUAGUACUGAGACCGGAAACAUUGAUCUUGUCAUCUCAAGAAUUUUCUCAGUAACAUAUGAGCAUUCACAAGAUUUUACCAUAAUGUUAAGUACAAAGAAAUAUUGGAAACCUUUCAAAAAAAAUACCAUCAAAAAGUACACCGAUGGUUUAACAUCCAUGGUAUCCAAUGUUUACUUUCACUAAAAUCCUCUUUCAGGCUGAUAUAUUUGUCAUCAAAAGAUUUGUGGAUGCAUCCUGCAUCCCAUUUUUAAUUUAAAGCUAUUAGGAAACUAAAUGAUCUUGCCAAAAACUACUUUCAAGAAUCAGGAAGGCCAAUAUUCUUAACAAAAAAAUAUUUUACUGGUACCUCUCCCCCCCUAGAGCUAUUGGACCUUGAAGUUUACCUUAUUCAUGCGCUUGAGGAUGGGGACCGGUGCAAAAUAAAUCUCAUUUUUAUGGGUUUAAUCCAAGGCGGAAACAUCUUGUCGAAGGAUGAAUGGUACCUGAGCCCUAAUUAGAUAUUGCCAAUAAUGCCUGUGGGAAAUCUGGCGAAAUUCCAAGAGUAGGAACUAAGGCAAAUCUUCCUAUUCCCCCAAAGGGGUCUGAGCAAAUAUUGACCACGCAACCUACUACCCCUCGUCGAAGCUUUGACCAGUGCUCAAAAGCAUUAACAUUAGUGGUGCGAAGAAAAAAAGAAAAGCAAUGCAGAGACGGUUUAGAGCUUAACGACUCCAGAUCCUAAGAUUGCCUGGACUUUCAACACUCCUCCAUCCAGGGCUUCCAACCCGGAGGUCCAGGUAAAGCCUGUUAAGAGAACAAGAACGCCUAUCGAACAUAGAGAUGGCUGGAAAGACGUAAAAUUGUACCUGCAGUAGAACCCAGCGGAUUCGGAGGAACGAUCGAAUAUACAGCUGGCCAUGAGCAUCUAAUAAAGAAACUUUGUAUCUUCUAGUCAUAGAACACCUUGUUACCGCGGAUAAUACUUUGGAAAAGACAUUUUGGAAAUAAUCUCAGAUGCUAGAUAAACAACAAGCGAACAGAGUCAUAGAUAUGAAAUAAUUUUAUUCGAUAGCCAUUUUGGAUUUUAAUUGAGCAUUUGGUGUGCCACAGCAUAGAAUAAAUGUGAUUGGACAUAAUAAAAAAAUAUACUAUCAUACUUUUUAAAAUUAUAUUUAAUAAAUUGCCCAAUUUUUGUUUAUCAACAAAUAUUUUGAACGAAGUUCCUCAAUUUUCCGUCCUU